UUUCCUAUCUAUCGUGCACAGAGCCGCCUUCACACUGAUCCGGAUACCGGGCGGAUGUAUCUGACCGAUGGAUAUACUAACAGCAGUCUUGUGCCGUCAGGCGGACAUGAGACUAUCAGAAGCUUUGAAGAUCUGUGCCAGCUUCGCGUCGACGUUCCAGGAGACUUCUUCGAGGAAGUCAACCUGGAAGACGAAAUGCGAAGCACGCGUAUGGGACCCUGGCAGAAGUGCUUUACGUGCGGCAACGCGGAACCAUGGAAAAAGUGCGGACGUAAGUGCGGCUGA